AUGAAUGUUGUAGGCUGCAAAUGGGUGUUCAGGAUGAAGCACAAGGCUGAUGGCACGAUUGAGCGGCACAAGGCUCGGUUGGUGGCUAAGGGGUUCAAUCAAGUCGCAGGACAGGACUUUUUUGAGACCUUCAGUCCUGUUGUAAAACCCACAACCGUGGGGCUUCUUCUCUCCUUGGCUGUCUCUCGCGGUUGGGUAAUUCAGCAGUUGGAUGUUCACAACGCCUUUCUGAAUGGUAAUCUUGCAGAGACAGUCUACAUGCAACAGCCGCCUGGCUAUGAGGACUCGUCACGACCGGAUGAUGUAUGCUUAUUACAGAGGUCACUCUAUGGUCUUAAGCAGGCUCCUCGCGUAUGGUUUAACAGGUUACAUGCUUUCUUGGUGUCGGUUGGUUUUUCACCUUCAAAGACUGAUGUCUCUUUAUUCAUAUACACUCGUGACUCUGUAUCUUUAUAUGUGCUUGUUUAUGUGGAUGAUAUCCUUGUUAUGGGAUCUGAUGCUUCGCGUGUUACUCGGCUUCUGACUGACUUAGCCUCGGAGUUCAAGAUUCGUGACAUGGGUGCUCCGUCUUUUUUUCUGGGCAUUGAGACGGUAUCUCGUGGUGAUGGUUUGUUUCUUUCUCAGCAGCGAUACAUGCGAGAUAUCUUGAGCCGUGCAGGUAUGGUGGACUGCAAGCCGUUGGCUACUCCGGUGCCUGUGACUCGACCCGUUUCUGAAUCUGUGGUCCCUUAUGGUGAUCCCACGCAGUAUCGCAGUCUUGCUGGGGCUCUGCAGUAUCUUACUGUCACUCGCCUGGAUUUAUCUUUUGCUGUGAAUCGGGUUUGUCAGCAUAUGCACUCCCCGACCACUGAGCAUUGGGCAAUGCUCAAACGUGUUCUGCGGUACGUUAAAGGCACUUUGCAUUUUGGUCUGUUUAUUCGCCCAUCCUCCUCUGUUGCAGUGCAUGCUUUUUCGGAUUCGGACUGGGCUGGGGACCCCGCUGACAGAAAGUCUACUAGCGGCUUUGCGGUUUUUCUUGGUGACAAUCUGAUCUCUUGGUCUUGCCGGAAGCAACGUACGGUUGCUCGUUCGUCUACAGAGGCCGAGUACAAGGCACUAGCUGACGUGUCUGCUGAGGUCACCUGGUUGGUUUCUCUAUUGCAUGAACUUCGGUUGCCGUUGGCAGCUCCUCCCACUCUCUGGUGUGAUAAUCUGGUGGCAAAGAAAGAGUUGCAGGUUAGCUUCAUUUCUACUAAGGAUCAACUGGCUGACGUGUUCACUAAAGCUCUCCCUGGUCCGCGUUUCCCUACUCUGUGUGGCAAGCUCAAUGUUGUAGCUAGUCCACUUUGUGCUUGA